AUGGCAUUGGUCUCCGGUGUUUUACUAUGCGUCGCGAUUCUUGCGAUUCUGCCGCCAAACACGCACGAGUGCGCCGUGAAUGGCCUGUGCGGAUACCAGCCGACGUGUCAGGCUUACCAGCCGCCGCCAACUUGCAGAUGUCAGCGAAGCUAUGGCUGCGGAUCAUAUGGAUGCUAUAGACUUCGCGCUCGCGGCUCGAAGACCUACACGCCGAAGCGCGGACGAUCCCGUGUGACCGUCGCCAGCUCCGAAGAGACCGAUCGCGAGGUUCUCAAGCAUCGUCUCGCCAUGGAUCGCGUUCGUAGAAAGGAGCGACUUUCGGCUAGCGAGGAGCUCGAGCUCGUCUCGCCAACUGUCGCCAAAAUUCGGCAUUCCCGCGGACCCGUGGACCCCGAUCGUGCGUUCUAUGAGUGCUGCAUUGAUCGCAAACUACCCGACGCGUGCCUUCAGAAGUGCACAUUUGGAGCAUUCAACAAACAGGCGCUCACCGCCAUGUACUUCAAACAGGACGCAUGCCCGCUGGCGGCGAUGAGCGAAAUGCAAUUCUGUGCGGCGCAAGGAAGAGACCACCGCGCGUGCUGCGCUCGAAAUGGUGUGACGACGACACUCGCUGGAGAAAAGUGCUUGUCAUUCUGCGAUCAGCGACUCGGACAUCCACAACAAUUGGAUAUGUCGUUCGUUCCAUGCUUCGAUCGCUUCGAAUCCAUGAAGGCGUGCUUCUGGCACGAUUUGACGAGAUUCUACAGACGCGCCGCCUAA